AUGGCAGAUAGAUAUCCGGGUUAUGGUUAUGGCUACCCUCCGGGCCCACCCGGCUCUGGAUUUCCUCCCAUGGGUUUUCCCCAAGGCCCAAAUGUCGGGUUCUAUCCGCCUUACCCCGGCAAUUUCUUUCCCCCACCGCCCGGUGGUGCAGGGUUUGAUGUCGCCGUUGUCGAUGACGGUCCUACAAUGCCCGGAGAAACAGUCGAAUUGCCUUACAGCACAUACCGUUGGGUACCAGCAUGUUUGAGCCAGAGAAGCUUGCCCAUGGGCGCACUCAGGGUCGGAGUGGACGUUGAUGGCGAUGCCAUUUACGCCGGAAGGGCCCACCACAACGGCGAUUUAUUGCCAGCCAAGGUCAUCCCCUCCAAGAACGUCUGCUACGUCUGUUACUGUGGUGAAGAAAUACUUGUUGAUCAAUUCGAGGUCCUAGUUCCCGCCAUGUUCUCGUGGCAAUUCGCGACUGGUGGGAAUGUCCCCCCUGGUGCGGUAGACGCUGGAGUCACAGCAGACGGUGAGAAACUCUACUAUGGCCGCGUCACACACGACGGUUGCACUACGCCAGGAAAGAUCCAAGGCAGCCAUGGUGUAUGCUACUAUCCGUUCGACGGUGAAGAGAGAAGCUCACCAGAAUACGAAGUCCUAGUUCUAUUGUAG